AAAACAGUCUUUUCCCAUUGCGAAAGGGGCGCUAGUUACCAGUAUCCCCAAAAUACACAUACAAGAAUUCGAUGACUAUUGGAAAGGUAUUCAAGCGUCGGGGUUCGCACAUUCAUGGCUUAAUAUUACCCAAAAAUCGGAUUUUGAGAAUCUUGAACAAUCUGUAUAUGUGAGCUACGCCAUUAAAGCCGUUUUAGUUUUAGCUAAUUUAUAUAAGAAACUGCACACAGAAAUUUGUACAAACGACACAAUUUGUUCCCAGCUUCGAGAAUUACCCAAACAGAGAUAUAUCGAUGAAAUGGAUGAAUUGGACAUGAAUCUUACCGAAACGUUUCCCUUUACGCUCCAAAUGUUCCAAAACAUCUCAUCAAAGAAGAUAACUUUCACAUCCAACCGAGAAAUUGACUACAACUCUGAACCCAGUGAUACAAUAUACGAAGUAUAUAAUUAUCAACAAUGCAACGGACUGGCAGACUGCCGAUUCAUAAAGGUUGGCAGCUUCAAAGACCAAAAGUUGCAAUUAAACAGAAGCGCUGUACACAGCUAUCCUUUAGAUGGAAAUGCAAAUCCUUAUGAUGUAGCUUCAGCUGCUCGAUGUCCUGAAGAUCCAAUCUGUUCAGUUUGUGUUCCCUCGAAUCUACCGGAUCGUGUUCUGUUUGUAAAAGGUGACUGGUAUGUUGUAGCGGUUGUGCCGAUCUAUCAAAGAAAAGACGAUAAUCAAUUUACGUGUAGCAAAGAAAUAAGAGAUUCUUUAGGAAACGAUAUCGCUGAAAGUAUUAAGUUCGCCAUUGAUAAGAUUAAUAUUGAGCUGAGUUCUUUGACUGGUAAAAACAGUUCAGUUGGUUUAAUAGUGAUAAAUGGGUGUGAAUCCGAAUUAGUAAUUAAAGAUAAAAUGUUUAGCCUUCACAAAGGAACUUACAAACUAAGGCCAGGGUUCCCUAGCUCAGAGAUUAAUAACAGAAUACUAGGCUAUGUUGGAGGGUUGAGCAGCAGUAUGAGUACAGCUAUAGCUGAAGUUCUAACUAAACUUGGUUACGUUCAAGUCUCCUACGCCUCGACCAGCCCAUUUCUCAGCGACAAAACGUUAUAUCCGUACUUCCUGCGAAUACCCACAGCAGACGACCAACAAGCUCAAGUAAUAAUGGAUAUAGUUACCUCCCUUGGAUCAACCAUAAUUCAGGUUCUUUAUACGAACGGGUCAUAUGGGGAAGGGGGUCUUUCAGCAUUGCAAAAACUUGGUAAAACUAAAGGUGUUUGUAUUAUACCUAACGAAAUUGCUGUCACUGAGGACUACACUGUCUUUAAUGGACUAUUAGCAAAUCUAAGACAAAUCCCUCAAGCCAAGCUAGUAGUAACAUUUGUGAGAUCUCAUCUAAUUCAGCCCGUUAUAGCAUCAGUGAUUCAGAAAAUGAAAACAAAUGAGUUCAUAUUUAUAGGAUCAGAAACAUGGGGAGGUCGGGAAUCCAUGUUUCUGGAACGGAACAGAGCCAAACUCCACGGAUCUUUAACUAUUUCACUAGACUUACCACCUGUACGACAGUUUACCUCUUACUUAUCAGAACAAAAUAUUAAUGAUCUUUCAAAUCCCUGGCAUCGCUAUUUUUGGGAGAAAAGAGGGAAUUGUAUAUUUCCGGGAAGUUUCCAAAGAUCCGGAAAUUUUGAUAAUAAUGAAAAAACAAGGGAAUGCAACCUAACGAUUCUUGCACAACCUCCACAUGAUCCAUGGAUACCAUUUGCUGUUGCUGCUACAAAGGCCCUGGUCAGUGGAGUAAAACAAGUUAUAUUAUCGAAGAUUUGUAAUAGUUCCAAGACAACUUGUGCUGCAAGAAAUCCCCACCUCCUAGCUAAAAACAUGAAAACGGAGGUGAAAUUAGAUUUAUAUGGUAACGGGACAAAAACUCGUGUUUUUGAUGAUACUGGUGAUGGGGUUGUGGAAUAUCAGAUAUUACAUAUAACCACCGAUAGUUCGUCUGGAAGGACACAGUAUACACAGAUUGGAUCAUGGUCCAAAAUACAAGGAAUGGAAUUCAACAAAGGAUAUCUACAUUUUCCAUUAAAGAAGUAUAAGUCACUUUGUCUGACGGAUUAUGAAUGCAGUAAAUGUAUCAGAUCAAAAGAACCGGACGAAAAAGCUACAGGAUCAACCACCUGGAUGGUUUAUACGUUAAUAGGAUUUGGCUGUCUGUUAUUGCUGUGUUUUCUGGUUAUAGUCAUACUGUGUUAUAGAAUACGUCACAUGAUACAGAGAGAAUGCGAAUACAUGGAUGUCAUAAACAUUCACAGUUCCGUCAAAAAUAAAGUUAGCAACGUUUCGAAUAAAUCUGAUAUUUAUUUGACUGCUAAAUCCAGCUUUGGUAUAGAACCUUACAACAAAGAAGAAGACAGUCCACCCAAUCCAUGUUUAUCAUUACCAGAACAACAAACCAUUACCGUGGAGACCAAUAAACACACUACCCGACUUUCACAUUGAUGAGUCCGCUGAAACAAGAACCAAAUUUAUAAUCUGGGGAAAU